AUGGGAGGCCGCUUGCUUGUGCCGUGUGCCGUGUGCCGUGUGCCGUGUGCCCCUGCACCAACGUCCUCCGUCCCAGACCCACUCACCACCCCAACAACCGCAGCCAUGGCCAAGUCCAAGAACCACACAGCCCACAACCAGAACUACAAGGCACACAAGAACGGCCUGAAGAAGCCCAAGCUCCGUCUUGUUCGCAGCCUCAAGGGCCGUGACCCCAAGCUUGUGCGCAACAUGCGCUUUGCCAAGAAGGGUUCCAUCCGCGCUGCCCGCAAGGAGGCAGCAAGGCAGGCAUACCUUGCCCGUGCCGGUUCCAAGAAGACCGAGUCCAAGUAA